CUUAAGUUACCGCCAUUUUGGAAAGCGUGUUUCCUUUCUUAGUCGAACGGUGGAGGAAGGCGGUUCGCUCUUGAAGAAGACUAUAAUUUCAAGCAUUUUAGACUUAUUUGCUUUUUGUCUACCCAAACAGCUGUGUAGAAAUGGAAGCUGGAAAAAUCUUUGUCGGGGGCCUGAGCUGGGACACUGAUAAGGAUGCUUUGCAGUCAUAUUUUUCUCAGUAUGGAGAGGUUACCGAUUGCAUUGUCAUGAAGAAUCAGCAGACUCAAAAGUCAAGGGGCUUUGGAUUUGUCACCUUCCGUGACCCUUCUGCAGUUGAUGUUGUUUUGUCUGCUGGAAAGCACAGUAUUGAUGGACGAAAUGUGGAUGCCAAGCCCUGCAGUGCAAGGGGCUCUGGAGGUGGUGGCGGCGGCGGUGGUGGAGCUGGCGGAAGGGGUGGACGUGGUGGCGGAAGUGGUUUCACCGGCAGAACAACAAAGAUAUUUGUUGGGGGUUUACCGAAUGAUGCAAAUGAAGACAACCUGAAGAGUUUUUUCUCAAGAUUUGGACAGGUUGAAGAUGUUGUGAUCAUGUAUGACCAGGAAAAGAACAGACCAAGAGGAUUUGGGUUUUUGACCUUCGACAGUGAAGAUGCAGUUGAGGCAGCCGUAAAGGAACACUAUUUGGACUUCAGCGGAAAAAAGGUUGAGUGCAAAAGAGCAGAACCGCGUCAGGGCGGCGGAGGAAGAGGUGGUGGCCGCAUGGGAAGAGGUGGCUACAAUGGCGACCAAGGCUGGGGUGGCAUGGGAGAUGGAGGCUCUGGAUGGAACCAGAAUCAGAUGUACAACAAUUACGGUGGAGGUCAGCAAGGCUAUGGUAGCUACGGACAGCAAGGAUAUGGUCAAGGAUACGAUCAGUCGUGGAAUCAAGGCUAUGGGCAGCAGGGAUAUGGGCAGCAAAGCUGGGGAGGACAGCAAGGAGGAUAUGGACAGAACUGGGGAGGUCAAGGCGGCUAUGGACAACAAGGAGGAUGGCAGCAAAAUGGUUAUGGAGGCAGCAGUGGUGGUGGUGGCGGCAGCGGCGGUGGCUACGGCGGUUCCCAAGAUGGUGGAUACGGUGGUGGCGGCUAUGGGCAGCAGAGUGGUGCUGGAAAAGUCUCAGGUGGUGGUGGUGGUGGUGGUGGAGGAGGCUCUCAAGGCUACCACCCAUACAAGCGCUGAAAGUCUUCUUUUGGGGGGGAUAGUCCUCACUAUGAUAAUGUACAUAGGAUCAUUUGAUACUUUUUUUUGGCCCCUGAUUUUUUUUCUUGAAAACAAGGCAUGAGAAUCUUUACUUUAGUGGAUUAGAGAACUUAGGCUUUUAAAGUAUACGUUAGGCAGAAUUUUUAACCAUACUUCUGUGGUGAAUCCAUUGGGGGGGGGGGGGGGGUGUUGCACUAAGCAUACUAAGCUUUGCGAAGACUUGUGGAGUCUUAACGGAUUUGUUUGGAGAACUUUAUACAAAUUGCAAAUGUUGUGGAACUGAACGUUUUUAGGUGGUUUUUUUUUCAAUUGUAGAGUUGCACUUUAGGGAGGGGAGGUGUAAAAUCAAAAUAUUUGCUGCCCAUUCCUAAGUCUGUAUCUCUUCAUGUUGUUUACGUGGACCAUAUGUCAUUUUCAUUUCCUGCAUCAAAAUAUUCACAACUGUUAUUGUCAUUUUGAAGUUGUCUUGUAAAUAAAAUUUGUUCAAGUAAAUUUU